GGGCAUUAAAUGGACGCCAAUGGGCUCAGCACUUUGAUCAUCAAUGGAACGGGGGCCGUACAGCACUCGCCGAGGCUCUAUAUUUAUUGAUGCGCCCGCGUCUUUCGCUGUGCCCUCUUCCUCGAGCUCAUAGUAUGAACCUUUUCCCUCUAUUAUUCGUGGUUGCGUUAGUCCGGACUGUCGCUGCUCUGGAACUCAACUGGCAGACGACCCUUACACAGGGACAGAAUGCCACUGUCUCGUGGUCUGGUGGCACGGCACCAUACGAGCUUGAUAUCAACAGCUAUAAGCCGAUCCAAACGCUACACAAAUAUUUCGGUUCUGACUUUUCGAUGUGGUGGAUCGUAGACGUGUCACCGGGGUCAAGUGUCUGGUACAAUGUCACAGAUUCUACAGGGUGGAACGUUCACAGCACGUUUCUAACUGUCCAGCCGAACCCUGUCCUAUCUGCGGCCUCAUUGCAAUCCGUGACUUCAACACAAUCCGUGGCUUCGGUAUCUUCGAUCAGUGUGGCUUCCGUCAGACCCAAAGGAUCACAUUCUGGAAGCGGACACGGCAACGCUGGGAUAAUAGCUGGAAGUGCCGUUGGAGGCCUCGUCGCUCUUUUCCUCCUUUCCAUCGGGGCGUUCUUCCUGUUGAGACAACGAAACGUGAAAGAUGAUUCUAAAAGCCUAAAGGACGAUAGCGAGCUUGAAGGUCAUUUUGCAACCCAUUCCAAUGAUGAUCAUGACCCGGCGAUUCAAACUGGUACUCCGCUGGCUCGGGACGAACCCGCUCUGUCCGAUAUCGCAGGAGGACCUCUCUUCUCAGGGACGGUUGCGAGUAUGAUCACGGCACCUACCAACGCGGACCAGGCGUUUUAUAACCGUACCGUGAUGGAUGACAGAAAUGCAUAUGUUCGGACGAGAAAUUCUUGAUCAACAUGCAUGUGCAUGUGGCUGAAGCGGGUUUCCGACGACUCGAUCGCAACGCCGUCACGCGAUUCUUUUAUUUAUUCUGCGUGUGCUGAUCUCGGUGAUCGGUCAGGGGGGGGGG